CACUGGUUCUGUAGCAGAACACAACCGUGGGGCUCUUAUUAAGAAACUCUGGGCUGAAGGAAUCCAGAGAGAGGCAUUGCAUUGCUUCUCAUGGGAAAGUCAGCAGUUUUUCUUCUGGCUUUCUUGGCUACUAGCUACUAUUUCUCAUAUAUUAUUGGUGAAACUUCAUUCAAGGUCAUUUCAUGCAGCCAUUAUCAGAAGAAGUCUGUACAGAGGAAGCACACAUGCUCCAUAAGAGUCAGCCCGCUAUGUGCUUCUAACAAUGUCACAUAUCCUAAUUCCUGCGUGUACUGUUUCGCCAACAUAGCUUUGGAUCUCACUCUUCAAAUCCAGUACAGUGGAAAAUGUCUGAAGUCCACUUCCUGAUUAUUCUUCAUUCAUCAUUAAAUGAGACACUCAAAGCGAGCAUCAUCUUUUCUUUGUAAGGCGCAAAACUUGUUGUUAUUAUUAUCUUAUUUAAAAAUCAAUAAAUUUUAUCAUCUGAAAA